AUGAUGCAAAUAACCAAGAGGGAACCAGAUACUAAUCGUGAAGGUCCACCACCAACGGCAUUUUCUGUUAAAGAAUUUGCUGAACCAGAACGAGAACCCUUUGAAAAGAGACGAGGCGAGAAGCGGCAAGCAUCCAGCCAGCGAGGACCCCCAGAUUCCAAGAGAUGUCGUCCUGAAAGCGCUGAUAAACAUACAGAUGAUGAUCCGAAUUAUGAUGAAGAGGCAGUGAUUCUUGACUGGUACAACCGUGAUUUGAGUUUGAUCAUAGAUAAGGAGACCUUCUUGAGUGCAAAACCUAUGACUUCUGAAGAUUUUGCUUAUGCAUGGCAUGGAGUUCGUGCUAGCUAUGGCUUCCUGCGUGGUCGCUUAUUCUAUGAGGUUAAAGUAGAAGAUCACUUGGCAGUUCCUCACCUUGAAGGGGAACAACAUCCUCACAUUGUACGAUGUGGAUGGUCCAUUGAUGAUGCUGGAAUGACGCUUGGAGAGGAACCCUUCAGCUAUGGUUAUGAUGGAAGAGCAAAGGCAUCCACAGAUUUGAAAAUCAAAGAUUAUGGACAACCCUUUGGAAAAGGUGAUGUCAUAGGCUGCUUUUUGGACAUGGAUUCUAAUCCUGUCACCAUGUCAUUUAGUGUGAAUGGGAGGAAUUUUGGGAAGUGCUACGAAGUGUCUCAUCGUAGCCUACAAGGAAAAGCUUUGUUUCCUCACAUCUUGACCAAGAAUUGUACUUUCAAGGUGAACUUUGGGUCAGAGCGUCCGUCGUUCCGGCUCAAGUCAAGAUAUAGAUUUGUUGCCCCAUGGACUUGCCGAGUGCAACGAUCUCGUCAAGAACUGGUUGCAAAACAGUUUCAGGAUCGUCAACCAUUUCUGGAUCUGCAUCAGCUUUGCCCACGUUAA